GGGAGCUCCUGCGGUGAUGGUGGAUCAGUUGGUAAAUAGAAAAAGAGAAUUAAUUUAGCCGGUUUUACGCGAGUUUUAUAAGCGGUUUUUUAUAGAUAGUAAUACGGUUUCGCGAAAAUGCUUGGGAAAGCAUUUCUUAUUUUGAGUGCUGUGUUGCUUGUGCGAGCAGCACAAUCUGAUUUUUACAGUGAUCUUAGCCUCUUCCAUGAGCUCCAACAACCAUACAGGGCAAAUUGGAAUUGGCACAAUCCCGUUGUGAAUCCUAGACGAGCAAUCGAAGAGGAACUAGCAUCUUCGGAAGACGACAGCGAUGAACGCGAACCACUAGCCAAAGACUACAAAGAUCCACCUGCUGCCAGUUCAGAGCAAAAACCUGUCUUGGUGCCUAAACCAAAGCCCGAUCUGAAAUCGAUACCCGAAAAGCCUGAAAUUCCCGAUUUACCUGAGAAUCCAGAAAGACCUUUAACUGAGAUUCUUCCGGGUGGUGUGGUGGAUGUUAAUUCUGAUGGUUUUGGAGGUCCUUUCAAUCCAUUUGGACCCGAGUUUGAUUUUUCUUCGUCCUUUGGAGUUAAUUCGAAACCCUUCGGCAUUGGAGAUUUGUUUAACACGUUCCAGGGUAGUCAAUGGUGGAAAGGAAAGAACGUUUGCAUCGAAAGAGAAGAGAGUACCGAUGAUGACGAAGACAGUGACGAGGACCAAAGUAAUGAAGAAGGCAAGAAAAAUUCAACAUCGAAAGCUCCAAAGGCUCUUCCUGAUUUAUUUUCAACUUCAAUCAGCUUGUCCAACUGUUUCGAAACCGCAUCCAAGUAUGAAUGUGUCACAAAAAUAAAUAACCAUGGUGUCUUCAAGACGUUUACGGUUCGCUACAAGUGCUGCUAUGGAUAUACUAGAACUAGAGGAGGUGGAUGCGACAAAAAGGCAGAUCUGAAACUCAUUUUGGACACUUUGGAUGACAUCAAGGCUUCAGAGUUCAGAAACUUAAUCAAAACAAGUCAGCUUGACGAAAAAUUCACGGACGGCAACUUUUCUUUGUUUGUGCCUACGGACGAUGCUCUAACUGAAUACAACGAUAAAAUGAUAGAGAUGAACAACGUUGUGAGAAGACGUAGAGGCCUCGGUCAACAUCUUUCAACCCGAGAUUUGGUAUUAAGUCACGCUGUAGAAGGAUUCGUUGAUUUAACGGAUCUAGCGAAUGAUGACGUGAUUUAUAGUGAAAACAACAACAGUUCUAUCAGAGUCAACAUCUAUCCAACAAACACAAGGGAAAGACUAGUAACUGUCAAUUGUGCUAGAGUUAAAACACCCAACGUCUUGGCCAAAAACGGUAUCAUCCAUGUCACGGAUGGCGUUGUUGUUCCAGCUACCCAAGACAUUGAAACCAUUAUUAAGACUCAUCCCCGAUUGACUAAUUUAAAGGAAGCUAUAUCAAAAACGGACAUUCCCAGUCACAUUAAACCAGAUGGACACUACACCGUAUUUGCACCCACCGAUGAAGCAUUUAACAAGUUGGAUGAAGUACAGAAGCAGAAAAUUCUGAGAGGAUCGGGAUGUGCAUCAAGUAUCUUGAAGUUCCAUUUCACUGCUCAUACUGUAUGUUCUCCCGCCAUUAUUGGUAAUGCCACAACCCACAACGUUGAAGGAGAUUUGUUGAAUCUGGAAAGAACAGUUGAUGAUGAACUGAUCUUAGAACGGAAAGCAAAAUUGGUUGGUACUGAUAUCAUUGCUACCAACGGUGUUAUUCAUUUGGUCGAUGCUGUAAUUGUUCCAGAUGCAGGUCUUUAUAUUGGCAACGUACUUAAACACCAAAACUACACCAAAUUCCAGGAACUCAUCCAAAAGGCUGAACUAGAAGAACAAAUUAACGAACUCCAAAAUGCUACAGUAUUCGUUCCAAGUAAUCAAGCUUUUGAAAGUCCUGAAGGACAGAAGUUAUUGAGCGAGAUCGAAAACGACAAAGAGAAGCUGAAAGAAAUCGUCAGGUAUCACACAAUUCAGGGUCAACUCCAGUCAGGAGAUAUGAACAAUAACGAAAAGUUGGUGACGUAUGAUAACGGAAGAGAACUUAGAUUGAAUCUCUAUUCAACUUUGCCCCUAUUUACCAACAUCGUGAACCGAGCCACAGUAAACUGCGCAAGAUUGAUAGGUUUCGACGAAAAAGCGUGCGGUUCCACCAUUCACGAAGUCAACAAAAUCUUGGUACCACCUACUAGAAACAUCUUGGAAGUUAUCGAAAACGACGAGAGAUAUUCAACUCUGAAAACUCUACUGAAAGACACAGAAUUGGAGAAGAUCCUACAGGAAAAUAAUAGAUCGUUGACAUUGUUAGCUCCUACAGAUGAAACAUUUGCAGCUUUGGACGACAAAGAUCGUGAGGCAUUAAUGAAGGAUAAGAAAAAGGCAGAACAUAUUUUGAAGCAUCAUGUGCUAACUGAGGUUCUGUGUUGCUCAGGUGUCGGUCCACAUUCCUGGGGUUUUAGCAGCUUUAUUUCAACUCUGGCCAAUACGCAGAUAGAAGUAGGCCGCACUGGAAGUAGAAUCCGCGUUAACAGAGCAGUAGUCACUAGCUGUGAUAAUUUAGCGACGAACGGAGUCGUACACACCGUCAACAAAGUAUUAUUGCCCAGACAACCACCCGUUUCGUCUAUCGGGGGCUUCUUCCUUUUCGACCUUUAGAGUUUUUAAAGUGAUUUAGAAUCAUCGUGUAAUGCAGAUUUUGACAGUCUAGAAGAAAAAUAACGUGCAACUAAUAUUUACAUUAUUUCCAGUUUAUUUAUUUUGUCUUUGUAUACAAUAUGUUUCUAGUUUGUACUUUGUAAACACAUGAGACCUCCAUUAGCCAAAAAAAAAUCAAGAAUAUAUUAAUCAAGAGAAAUAAUGGAUGGUAAAUCUUUACCAAAAUAACUAGAUUAUCAACUUUGUGAAAUAAUUCUCAAUGGAAUAGUUUAGGAAGUUGAGGUUAUUUCUAGUAUUAUAUUGAUAUUAUAUCUACACCAAGAAUUGCUGCAUCACAAAAAAAUAAAGCCGUACAAGUACUUUUGGUACUCUGGUGAAUGAUAUUUUUUAUCAAAAAAAUGUUUUUGUUCAUUGUUUUAGAAAAUUUGUACCAAUCUAUACCAUAUAAUUGUAUUUAUAAUUUCUUGUUGGUUAAUACUGCAGAGUUUGUUUUUGUAUUUACAUCAUAUAUGCUGCCAAGUUGUGACGUCAUGGAUCUUAACCUAACCUAACCCUCUUUUCUUGGGUCAUGGAUGUCUUGUUUUCAUAUCUAGCGAACGCUUGAACAAAAAAUCUGCAAUAUGCGAUGAUUUAAUGACUGAACUUAAUGUACUUGUGUUGUCUAUAGCUUUUUACCCAGAUAAAAUUCAGAACGAAGAUGUUACUUUCAUUUUAGUAAGCGAUCUGGGUAGAAAUUGAAAAAAUAAUUUAUUUUUAUUUUAGUAUUUUAUUCUAAGAUUAUAAUAUAUUAGCUUGUAUUAGUCUAGCAAUAAAGUUUUUAAUGUUUGAA